AUGGCGGCGGUCGGUGCGGGGCAGCAGGCGGUGGUCGGUGCAGUGGUGUGGGUCUGCUGUGGUGGUGUGGGGCGGAGGGCGGGGCUGCAAGCGGCGGUGGUACGCGGCAGGAGGGGCUGUGGGUGGCGGCGGUCGAGGCGGUCAGUGCGGAGGUCCAAUCGAGCGGUGGCAGUGCGGGGAUGCGGGUGGGGCGGUUGCGGUGGUGGAAUCGAGCGACGACAGCGCAAUCAAGCGGCAACGGUGAAAUCGAGCGGCGGCGAAAAAACGCCCAAUUCGUUGUGUGGGGUGGCGGCCAACGAUCGAAACGUGGCGCAAUGGGUGGCGGAGGUGCUGGAGGGCACGAAUCUGGCGCGGGGCAGCGACGGCGGGGUGCGGCCGAGUAGCACUAGAAGAAAGAAAGAGAACGGGAGAGGAGAGCAAGAAAGAGGAAGAAUGGCCGCCAGUGAGGAGGGGGUGCGGGUGGUAGAGUCCUGCUUUGUAAAGCCGGCCGCAGACACACCAAGAAAAGCGAUCUGGCUCUCGCCACUCGACAUCAUGCUGGCCAGAAGAGGCUACACCCCACUCAUCCACUUCUACCGUCCUUGUGUCGACCAAACCAGUGCCCAAGACUUCUUUGACGUGACUAGGUUGAAGAGUGCGCUGGGCAAGGCUCUUGUGGCCUUCUACCCCAUGGCCGGGCGGCUCAGGGUGGACGUCCAUGGCAGGUUGGAGAUCGACUGCAACGGUAAGGGCAUGCUCUUUCUUGUGGCCUACUCUCGUCUCACCAUCGAUGACUUCCGCGACUUGAAGCCAUCAUCAAAGCUAAGGAGGUUUUUUGUUCCUUGCAUGGACGACUCAUCCGACAUCCUGUGCGCCACCCAGGUUUGAGUUUGAUUCUUUCUUAAGUAGGCACUGAAAGAGCAAAAGCACACAAAGAAAUAUCCUCGAUCCAAGCCAAGCAGGCCCUUAGUUUUUC